CCCCGAAGGUUAAGCACCGCCCAGUCGCCGGCUCCUCCCCGCCCCGGCAGCGCGGCAGAGCAAACGCCCUCACUCGACCCACCGCGCCCUGGGCGCACGGCGGGUCCCCGGUGGCUGCAGCGACCAACAGCGACCAGCCACCCGCGGAUGCGCAAAGCUUGCUACCAGUCGUCCCGGCACAGCGGCUGCCGGGUCGUCGGGGUGCCCGGACACCAGGAGCACCAGGCUGCCCAGAUGCGGGCGCCACUCUGCCUGCUGCUGCUCGUCGCCCACGCGGUGGACAUGCUCUCGCUGCACCGAAGGAAGAAGCAAGCAGGCGCUGGUCUGGGGGGAAACUGCACGGGCUGUGUCAUCUGCUCGGAGGAGAACGGCUGCUCCACCUGCCAGCAGAGGCUCUUCCUGUUCAUCCGCCGGGAAGGUAUCCGCCAGUAUGGCAAGUGUGUGCACGACUGUCCCCUCGGCUUCUUUGGAAUCCGUGGCCAGGAGGCCAACAGGUGCAAGAAAUGUGGGGCCACAUGCGAGAGCUGUUUCAGCCAGGACUUCUGUAUCCGGUGCAAAAGGCGGUUUCAUCUAUACAAGGGGAAGUGCCUGCCCACCUGUCCUCCAGGCACCUUGACCCACCAGAGUACCCGGGAAUGCCAGGAGGAAUGUGAGCCAAGCCCUUGGGGCAGCUGGAGCCCCUGCAUACACAAUGGGAAGACCUGUGGCUCAGGCUGGGGCCUCGAGACCCGGGUGCGGGAGGCUGGCCCAGCCAAGCAGGAGGAGACAGCGAGCUGCCGAGUGUUAUCUGAGUCAAGGAAAUGUCCUAUAAAGAGGCCCUGCCCAGGAGAGAGAAAUCCCAGGCAGAAGAGCCGGAAGGAUCGACGCCAGCGCAAGGACAGGAAGUUGGAGCGCAGGCCUCAGCAGCCUGGCUCACAGUGACCCCGGCUCCAGCGUCUGGCCUGUGCCCUUGGCUUGCUGCACUUCCUCUGUGGUCCCCUCCCUUCCCCCACCUGGCUUUGUCCACACCCCUCACUCUCUUUCCAUCUGUCUUUCUUUCCGUCUGUCUGUCCACUGCAUUUUAUCCAUCUCCCCUUUCUUCUCUCCCCUCACCCCUUCUUCACUUCCUUGUUUCGUCUCCAGGUACCUCGCUUUUUCAUUUCCUCCUGCUUUACUUCCUGUUCUUCACUGACUGCCCCCAACCCCAUACACAGAUACACAUAAGAGACGGAGCCUAAGUCCUCCGUGUGGCCCUCUACACCUCAAAGCAAACUUAUGUUUUCCAUAUCUGUGACCCCACUUUUGCGAGUUACAAUUUAGGGGGAAUAGGGAUGGUGUAACUUGGCUAGCCCUGGGAGUCCAGCAUCUAACUUGGCUAGCCCUGGGAGUCCAGCAUCUAACUUGGGUAGCCCUGGGAGUCCAGCAUCUAGCCAGAGAGACCCUGCAACCUGAGUUGUGAGCCCUUCACUGGGUCCAGUCCCUCAAGGCCAUGUCUGCAACACUCAGCUAUUGACUUUGAUGAAUGAGGCCACCAGGGAUGGGUUCCAGGACCUCGUGAGGCCCAGCCUGCACCCCUUGUCCAGGAUGGUGAUGUAGGAGUCACUAGGAGCCCUUUGGCUAGACAGUGGCUUCACUCACCAGCACAUCCCUCUGGAAGUGCCUGCAACACAUCCUCAGUGCCCCUCUGGCCUCCCUCUCAUAGUGCUCAUGACCUUUCCCCAGUUGAUGACCCCCUAAGGCCUUUGGGGACCCAUGCACAGAAUCGGGUGGGACUGUUAUUCCUGAGGGAAUAAGUCUGACAUCUCAAAGGCUAGUGAAGCUAAAUGGAGCUUAUAGCUGGCCCCACCCACUCUGCUCAUCACCCUGCUACCUGCCUGCCCGUCAUACCCAUAGAGAAGCCUACAGCUAAGGAGCAAUGGCCUUCGCUCGGCACACCGCAUCUGUGAAGAAGCCUGAGGAUGUUUGGGGAAGCAGUAGGGAAAAUUGCUGGGUCAGCAGUUGGGAAAAUUGCUGGGUCAGCAGUUGGGAUGGCUUCCCCCUUUCCCGCCGCCUAUGUGGACACCCUGAGUGUUUUCUUUCACAGGGAUUCCCCCAGUCCCAGGAGGAAGGACAUUGGGAGGAGCCUUGGGGUAGACCAAACUAAUAGGCAGGUCCGUCCUUACCCCUGCCAUUGGCCUGGGAGCUGCCAUUAUUGCUGGGAAGGAGCCCAAGGGUAGCUGCAGAGGGUGCAGUACAGGCAAGAGAGAUGGUCCACGUGACGCAAUGUCACCCCUCAGGCAGUGACCUCACACUCUCCCUACACUUGUCAGGAGAGGGUCCUCAGCACCACUCCUGUGGCUGUGUUCCUCCCUGGUGUCCCACUCGGAACAGCUAGAAACCCUGCUUGUCAGGCCAGGCUCUCUGCUUCUCUGUCCACACCCCUGAGAUGCUUUCUUGCUUUGAGACCCCAGCCGUUUUUGAAAGAAAGAAACUCAUGAAGGCAUCUUGAGUAGUACUAGAAUAGUAGUACUUCUUGAGUAGUACCAGAUAGUGUUAGAAUUACUGUGCCCACAAAUUCACAGCAGCAGAACCUAAACUUCCUGGGGCAGCUUCCACCAGAGCUCACGGGUCAUGAGGACCGACAGGACAGGCCGGGUUUCUGCUGGAGUGCUUCCCAGAUCUCCUUAAGAAGGGGUCUCAGGGGCUCUGUCAUUAAAAUGCUUGCCUUGCCACCACAGGACCUGAGUGUGACACCCAGAACCCACAAGGAAAAAGCCAGACAUAACGGCAUGCCUCUGUGGUCUCACGGCACCAGGGAGGCAGAGACACGUAGAUGCCUGGGGCUUGUUGGCCACUCAGCCUGCCCCAAGAAGCAAGCUCCAGGUCAGUAAGGAGUCUUGUCUCACAAAAGAUAGGUAGAACCUGACGAACCACACCUGAGGUUAUCCUCUGACCUCUACACACUUGUACACAGCAGGCGUGCGCGCAUGCACACACACAGAGAGACACACACACAGAGAGAGAGACAGAGACAGAGAGAACACUCACCUGAGAUUCAGCCAGAGGCAAAAGAUGACAUAUCCUAGCAGACCCUCAGCCUCCUGAAUCACUUAUAGCCCUGGUCCCCAUUUGUGCCCUAUUUGACUUCUUAGAAGCCUAGAGUCACCAGAAAGAACACAGUCUGAGUCAUGGUCAUAACCUGGGCUACUAUAAACCUGGUGUAAGCUCAGCCUGUGAGCAGUUAGCUGUGAGUCUGGGCCAAGCCAUCUGCCCUUUGGGGCUUCCGUUACUCCUUUGAUGAAUGAAAGGCUACACUCAUCCCAUCACCAACAUCCGGAAGGUCCAGCCACGUGCUGGGCUCUAAGAGCGUUUUUAAAGCUUCAGGGCUCCACCCCAGACCUAUCCAUUAUGAACAAGCUGAGAAGCAAAUGAGACAAGUGAACUUACUUUAGGCUGAGUUGGGAGGAAGGGCACGCUGAGUUCCAGAGUCUGGCUUGAAGGCCACAGCUCCAGCUCUGACCCCACAGCACAAAGGUCUGAGUCUGUGCAUAGAUAGGAGAUACAGAUAUGUUCUGUCUGGUGUUAUCAAACCCUAAGCCACUGGAGGCUCUAAAUUCCAUAGUUGUUGCAGGACAAGAGUGGGAGGUCUCUGAUCUGCAAUCAUCUAACCAUGUUCUUUCCCCUGUGGGGUGGGGCACCUGAUAGUCUGCCCCUAACUGGUUGCUCUGGGUAUUUUCGGGUUUAAAUAGUUCUCCCAGAGACCCCACUAUAACCUAGGGCUUCAGGCAUCCUUCUUCUACUGCUAUGCUUUCGUGGCCCAUCUCCCACACCUUCCUGGUAAGGGAAGCAGCAUGCCAUCAGGAGCUCAUCACCUGAAUGCCUCUUGCAGGCAAAGCUGGGAAAGUUCAGAAAUGCUCCAUUUCUGGAGUCAUGGAGAAGGCCGGUGAGGUUGUUUGGCCCCUCACUGAUGUUCUAGUAACAGAGAGUGACACUUUGCCCCUCCUAACCCAUUCCUGCUGGCCUGUACCAGGCCUGAUUUACCAACUACCCUGUCCCCACCUCCACCAGACCGUUCACCAUGGGCUGCCUGUUAUUCCCACAUGCAGUCACUAGAGGGUGUGACUCAGUCAGGAACUGCCAGCCUGUUUGCUGCCCAUUCUGAACAUGGAGGCGUGUUGCUGCCUUGGAGGACCGGGAGAGAACUGAACAGUGACUUCAGUGGAAUGGUCUUCACAGCAGCACACGAUGUCUAGACUCCAGACCCAGGCCCCAGGCCACUCCAAGCCCGAAAAGAAACAUGACUCAGAAGACAACAGUCAACAUCCAGGAGAACAGUAGUGACUGACCUCGGCAGACACCAGCCCCAGGCGACCGUGAAUAUCCCAGCUAGUUUAAAUAAAGUUUCAUUCAUCCCGUGGGACCCUUCUGACUUGGAAAUGUGCAUUCUAACAAUAAAAAUUAAAGUGA